AUGGGUAACGCUUGCAAUGGAUGCUUCCAAAAAGAAAUAAUCGACCCCAGCAACUCCACUCAGCCUAUUUCUUCCAAACCUAUUAUAAGCUUUGAAGGAGUUAACGAAGAAACAAAGGAGCCAAAAUCCUCAGCCCAACGUAAAUCAAAGCCAAAAAUAGCUGCUGUGACUUGGCAAAAAGUAAAAGAAGUCAACGAAGCCGUGACAGCCGUCAUAACAGCACGUCCUAAAACAGCCGAAGAUAUAGGGAUGAUUAAUAAUGCUUUGAAUAGUCAUUUUAUCCUAACUCCCCCCCAUCCUUGAUCGAACGACUCGUCAUCGUUCGAUCAAGGAUUGGGGUUAAAAACAAAUUUUUUGGGAAAAAAAAUUUUAUAUAUAAAAUAAAAAAAUAUAUAUUUUUUUUUAUUUACUUUUAAAUAAGAGGGUUAAGAGUAUUUAAUAAUUAUUUUUACAGCAAAAAAUUGAAUUAAUUUCAUAAAAAUACCAAUUUUUAAUAUUUUGAUUUAUUAGUUACCCCUUUAAGCUGUAUAAAUUUUAAUUUGUUCCUUGUUAAAUUAAAUUUUUUUUUUUAAAAUUUUAAAGAAUCUCUAUUUUAUUAGAUUAUUAAGUUUUUAAGCCUGGGUUGAUGACAAAAUCACUUCGUAUGAUUGAUUCCAAAGCUUUGUCGUCUCAAAGUCUCUGAGAACAACUUCAUUAGGUGCAUCUUCCUAUGCUUUUGAUAACUAAUAUAUUUUUUUAUAUAUAUAAAAAUUGUCAUGAUAUGAAAAUCGUCCGAUCAAGGAUGGGGGUUAAUUUCCCCAAUUUUUAGGAAUUUUUACAGUCAAUCGUUCGAUCAAGGAUGGGGGGAGUAAGGAAUCUUGAUGAAGAUAGUCAACGGCAUAUUAUAGACCAAAUGAAGCACUUUUCAGUUAACUCAGGCGAGGUUAUAACCCAACAAGGAAUGCCUGGGAAAUAUUUUUUUGUAUUAGCCACAGGUAGGCUUGAAGUGAUUGUUAACGGGAUUCGACAGAACAUGCUUAAGCCAGGCACCAGCUUUGGAGAACUUGCACUGCUAGAUGACAAACCAAGGACAGCCACAAUUAAAUCAGCACAAAAAUCGACCUUGUGAGGGGUCGACCGAAUGACCUUUAAGCAAGCAGUCGAAGCUGUAAAUAGGAUGAAUUAUGAAGAAAAUAAAUUAUUUAUCAAUAGUGUCCCAAUUUUUGAAAUUUUAACCACCCAACAGAAAGAAGCAUUACUUGCUUCUAUCACAACACAAAAAUGGGAUAACAGACAGACCAUUGUGAAAGAAGGAGAAGUUGGAGAUUUAUUUUAUAUAAUAAAAGAAGGCGUUGUUACAUGUACAAAAGAUGGGGUCGAGAUUAGGCAGAUGGUCAAAGGGGAUUUCUUUGGUGAACAAGCUUUGCUGUAUAAUUCGAAAAGGACAGCGACAAUUACCUGUGUAGGAGCUGUAAAAGUACUGUGCAUAGGAAGAGGAAGCUUGCUUGAAGCUUUAGGGGAGAAUUUGCAACAAGUUAUAUAUAGAAAUAUCCAAAAAAAAGCUAUAGAAAAAAGUGAAUCAUUAAAAAACCUCACAAAAGACCAAUCCCAACAAAUGAUGGACACUAUGAAAAUCGCCAAAUUCAGCCCAGGCGAAGUUGUGGUAUCCAAAAAUUCUUUACAAGGUGCUAAAUUGUGUAUAAUUAUGAAAGGGAGGGUAAGAGGGCCUCUAGGGGUUUACGAAACUUUUGCAUGUAUAGGAGACGAUAAAAUUAACCAAACUUGUACCCAAAAUAAUAUAGAAAAUUAUGUGGCAGAUUCUGAGGUGGAUAUAGCCCAAAUCUCUAAAGAGGAAUUUGAAAAAUGCUUAGGCGGCGUCGUUGUGCCUGCUACAAAUAAUAAUGCUGCUUUAGUUGUUUUAAAACAGGUCCAACUGCUUAGAAACUUGCCUAAAGACAGAUUGAAAGCUUUGAUACAUGUUUUAAGAAUUGUUGAUUUCAGGGAUGGACAAGCUAUUGUACAAGAAAACGAAGAAGGGGAUACUUUGUAUAUAGUGAAAACAGGAAGGGUGAAUAUUUUCAAAGAAAAUGUAAAGGUCAGGACUCUUACUAUACAUGAUUAUUUUGGAGAAAGGUCAAUUUUAUAUCACUUUAUAAUGAAUUUAUUAAUUUCAUAUAAAGAUUUUAUUAUAAAAAUUAAUAAGGAAUAUUCAAUGAAAGAAGAAGCGCGACGGUUGUAGCUGAAGGCAACGUGACGUGCUGGACACUAGAGAAAAAUGACUUUGAAAGUAUUAUAGACUUUAGUAUGAGGACACAGCUACUUAAAAGGAUUGAGCUACAAGAUAACACUAUAGCAUUGGAUCAGCUUGUUAUGAUAAAACCACUUGGAAAAGGGAUGUUCGGGAAUGUAUAUUUAAUGGCCCACAAAGAAAAAGGAGCGUUUUACGCUUUAAAAACAGUCCCAAGGGCCAAAAUUGUAGCUUAUGGGAUAUAUGAAAGCUUAGUUCUUGAAAGAAAAAUUCUGCUGCAGUUAGACCAUACAAUGAUUGUAAAGCUUGUAAAGACGUUUAAAGACAAUAAAAGAAUUUAUUUCCUUAUGGAAUAUGUAAGAGGAAUUGAUUUAUUUGACGUAUUAAGGCAGUUAGGGCUGCUAAAAGAAGAUGAUGCAAGGUUUUAUACAGCUUGUUUAGUAGUGAUUCUUGAAUAUUCUCUACAAAUUCAAUUUAUAAACUUCUAUCAGCCCUAAUUCCUUUUAAUUUAUUUAAAAAAUAAACAUUUUUAUUUAUAAAUUUAUUCUAAAUAAUAUAUCUCCAUAAAAGAGAAAUUAUAUAUAGAGACUUAAAACCUGAAAAUAUAAUGAUUGAUGAAGAAGGAUACCCAAAACUUAUUGAUUUCGGAAUCGCUAAAAUCGUCAACGGCCGCACUUACACAACGGUAGGAACUCCUCAUUAUAUGGCCCCUGAAGUUAUCAUGGGGAAUGGCUAUAACUCUGCUGUCGACUGGUGAAGCUUAGGUGUCAUGAUUUUUGAGUUUGUAUUUGGGACUGUUCCGUUCGGUGAAAAUGAAGAAGAUACAUAUAAAGUUUACGAAAAAGUUAUCGAGCAUAAUUUAGUGUUCCCUACAAAUAUUAAGCAUACUUUGUCACUGAAAUCGAUUAUCACACAACUUCUGAGCGUAAAAGCGGCUUCUAGGACUGGUGGAAGCAUUUCUAAGCUGAAAAAACACAAGUUUUUGUCAGGGUUUAAGUGGGAAAAAUUGUUUUCAAGAGGGAUCACGCCACCUUAUGUGCCAAAAUUGAGGUCAUUGACGUCGGAAGCUUCAAAGGCAGCGAAGUCAAAGAAAAAUUUCUUGGAUAAUAUUUUGAGGGAUGAAAUUUCAGCAGAAACGCCAAUGCAGCCGAGCAAAUCAAAAGCACAGAUCCCUGCGAAUUGGGAUGAAGAAUUUUAA